AUGGCCACGCGGGUGCUGACUAUGAGCGCCCGCCUGGGACCCGUGCCCCAGCCGCCGGCCCCGCAGGACGAGCCCGUGUUCGCACAGCUCAAGCCCGUGCUGGGCGCCGCGAACCCGGCCCGCGACGCGGCGCUCUUCCCCGGCGAGGAGCUGAAGCACCCGCACCACCACCCGCAGGCUCAGCCCGCGCCCCCGCAGCCGCCGCAGCCGGCGCCGCCGCCCGCCGCUGGCCCGCGGCUGCCCCCUGAGGAGCUGGUCCAGACAAGAUGUGAAAUGGAGAAGUAUCUGACACCUCAGCUUCCUCCAGUUUCUAUAAUUCCAGAGCAUAAAAAGUAUAGACGAGACAGUGCCUCAGUCGUAGACCAGUUCUUCACUGACAGUGAAGGGUUACCUUACAGUAUCAACAUGAACGUCUUCCUCCCUGACAUCACUCACCUGAGAACUGGCCUCUACAAAUCCCAGAGACCGUGUGUAACACACAUCAAGACAGAACCUGUUACCAUUUUCAGCCACCAGAGUGAAACGACUGCCCCUCCUCCGGCCCCAACCCAGGCCCUCCCUGAGUUCACCAGUAUAUUCAGCUCCCACCAGACCGCAGCUCCAGAGGUGAACAAUAUUUUCAUCAAACAAGAACUUCCUACACCAGAUCUUCAUCUUUCUGUCCCUCCCCAGCAGGGCCACCUCUACCAGCUACUGAAUACACCGGAUCUAGAUAUGCCCAGUUCUACAAACCAGACAGCAGUAAUGGACACUCUUAAUGUUUCUAUGUCAGCCGCCAUGACAGGCCUUAACACACACACCUCUGCUGUUCCGCAGACUGCAAUGAAACAGUUCCAGGGCAUGCCCCCUUGCACAUACACCAUGCCAAGUCAGUUUCUGCCACAGCAGGCCACUUACUUUCCCCCGUCACCACCAAGCUCAGAGCCGGGAAGUCCAGAUAGACAAGCAGAGAUGCUCCAGAAUCUGACCCCACCUCCAUCCUAUGCUGCUACAAUUGCUUCUAAACUGGCAAUUCACAAUCCAAAUUUACCUGCCACCCUGCCAGUUAACUCGCAAAGCAUCCAGCCUGUCAGAUACAACAGGAGGAGUAACCCGGAUUUGGAGAAACGUCGCAUCCACUACUGCGAUUAUCCUGGCUGCACAAAAGUUUAUACAAAGUCGUCUCAUUUAAAAGCUCACCUGAGGACUCAUACUGGUGAGAAGCCGUACAAGUGCACCUGGGAGGGCUGUGACUGGAGGUUCGCGCGCUCGGACGAGCUGACCCGCCACUACCGGAAGCACACCGGGGCCAAGCCAUUCCAGUGCGGGGUGUGCAACCGAAGCUUCUCCCGCUCCGACCACCUGGCCCUGCACAUGAAGAGGCACCAGAACUGAGAGCCCGGCUGUGGCCUGCCGUGCCUAUGCAAUUCACACUGACGUUCUGCAGUUCCUUUGGCAAAGUUUUAAACUACAAACCUAACCUAUAUAUAU